AUGCUAGGAGCUUUCCUCGGCCACAUCCUGCUCGUCGCAGGCGCCGGUCUAGUCGCCGCGCAAGGCACCUCAAUCAUAUACCCAACAACCGCAGCUCCAACAGCAACCAUAGCCCCAGGCCUCCACAACUACGAAUACGCAGGUUGCUGGAACGAGACGACCAAUGUCCCCAAUUCGGGCGGACUGCGUGCUUUGAACAAUGGCAACACGUCCACGACCAACGACAUGACCAUCGCCGAAUGCCUCGAUUACUGUGACAAUGCCUCAAUGAAGUACGCCGGCCUUGAAUAUGGGCGUGAGUGCUAUUGUGCGCCAUACCUCUCCGUCCUCUCCGAGAAGCUGAAUGAAACUGCUCGUUGCAACUUUGCUUGUAAUGGGAAUGGGUCCGAGAUUUGCGGAGGCCAGAAUGCGCUCACGCUUUACAACCGCACGUCUGAUGGGAUGAGUAUGGCCUGGGGUUCAUCCCCAGGUGGAGGAGCUGUGUAUGGCGUUGCAGCCUUGGUUUCGCUUGCGUUUGCUGCCUAUUUGUGA